AUGAAAAAUCAGGCACUGAGGAACAUACUGUGCACAUGCACAGCUCUUCUUUUUUUCUCUAUCGUGGGAUGCACAGGAGAGUGGAGCGGUCUUAGCGAGGAUGCAAGCAGUGGCGCUGGUCCAUGCGCGGGCAGAAGUGUAGGAAGUACAGCAGAGAAUGCAGCAGACUAUUUCGCCUUUCCUGCCGGUGAUCUAUCCACUGCUAAUAACUCAGACAGUGGUGGAUAUAUCUUUUCUAGCGCAGAUGACAGUGUGCCAGGCACCUAUCCUUAUCCCGACUGGCAGUGCAUGGCAGGGCCCUGCACAAGUAAUAAUAAUAAUCCUGGCCCAUCUGGAGGCGGACACAGGACAGCAGAAGCAAUGGAUGGGCUGUAUCUUUCUUCUGCUAAUUUACUUAUAGACGAUGGCACAGCAUGGAGCGGAUACUACGACUGCACAGAGUAUGGGCUGGCAGCAAACCAGCACAUGCACAUGGGGGAGUAUACAACACAGUACGAGGCCCAUGCAGACCCUUUUGACUUGGCACGCAACAUGCCCAGUGCACUGCAGCAUUCAGAGGGAACAGCAGAUGGGGCAAUAGACAGAACAAAUGACACGACCCUUGAUAGCAUUGUGCUGGAUGCGAACAGCUCCAUAUACGAUGCAGCACAGCCAAUACAUAUGUGGAUAGACCAGUACUUCCCGCCCGCGCAGCCUACAAUAGAAGAGCCUAGCCCUAGCAUUACUCCUGCCUCAGCCAAAAAGAGUGCUGGUACUGCAAGAAGAACAGAAAAAAGAAAAGUAGAACAAACAGAUGGAGCAUUGUCUGCGCCUGUUCUCAAGCAUGUGCCAAAUAAGAAAAGAAAAAAGAGUGGAACGUCAUUAAAACUAGCAAAAGCCUCUAGCUCUUGCCAGCAGCAAGAAAAAGAGAGUGGAGCAGAGGAUAUGAUAGAGCUGGCCCAGAACAGCCAGGUGGUACGGUCUAGAGAAGCAAGCAGUACAGAGGAAAGAGUAAGCAUUGGCAUCAGCCUGUGGAACAGCAGAAGGCUGGAGAAUGUGCGCAGAAGAAAAUACAAGUCAAACAACAAAGUGCUGUACAGCUACAGACUCUCUGAAGGAAGUGUGAGGAACAAAGUAAAAAUAAAAACAUACCAGACGCAGCUGAGAAAGGAGAUAGCAGAGUACUCCAGCGGCACAGCACAGGAAAUAGAACAGAAUGCGCUGUGGUACUUCAUCGCCAGCAGAAGCACAACUCUGAGCACAAAGUACAGAGACCUUUUAGGGCUGCAGGAGCUGUUCAAGAGCGAAGGCGCAGACGAGUGCAAGCGCAUAGUAGAAGGCAUGAAGGGAUACUAUCCGCACGUGUUCAUAGAGAUGGCUGGGUACUUGGAGAAGCACAGGCCGAUGAAAGGCGGCACUAAAGGCAGCUCAGCCGAGUGCAGCGAGACCCUGGGCGAUAUUUACAUACGAGAAGACCUUGAGCUGAACCACUACAGCAUAAGAGAGGAUAAGUGGGGUGACCAGGCGAACAGAAAGUACUGCGCCCUAGCCUGUGCAGUGCGCAUGAUCCUCGUGCUGCCUGAGGUGUACAAGGACUUCUCUAACAUCAGUGUAGAAUUCAUUGAGGAGACUGUGCUACUCGAAGACUCGGUCAGUGAUUCGCAGCUCUGCGAGGUUCUGCUGAGAGUGCAAGAGCUGGUGCUGAUGCACAGAGAAGAGAAGAUGGAUGGUGGUGCAUACACUAAUCUGUACAGGGCUCUUGAGAACAUACAUGGCAAAGAAGUGCUGCAGAAAGCAGGAGCUGCUGAGCUGUACAGAAAGAUGUACACUCUUCUUGCUAUGUUCUACGAGAAGGCAGAGACAGACGACAGAGGAAUAAAGUACACUCUGGUAGGCAAGGGCGUGGUGAGGAGCCAGAAGUACAUGAAGUGCAGAGUAGUGGUGGAGAUGGCGCCAGAAAGCUCAGGGAAGAAAGUGCUGAGCACAGAGUAUGCGUAUGAAGAGGACAGAUGGACUGUUUCAUCUCCUGCACAGGCGCAUUACCAUGUGCACUAUGUGGACAAUACAACGGGCCAUCACAGAGUGCUGUGCAUGCCCAUGUACGUAGACCAAAGUGGAAAAGAACAGUGUCUCCACACAAUCAGUGAGAUAGUAGAGUACAUAAAGACACUCUAUAAAAUAGAGAAGCGUUCAGAAGUUAUUCAUCCUUUCAAAGUAGAUAAACAGAGCAGAACAUGGUCGUACAUCAAAGAAAAAAAAGAGAGAAGCAAAACGGUGAAGGAGCUGGAAGAGUACGAGGUGGUAUUCUACCACAUUGAGGAGGACGUAAACAUGCCAGAGCUUACAUUUGCACAGUUCAGGCCUUUGCAUCCCCGCAGCGAGUACAGCAUUUACAUUCCUCUGUUCCUCACGCCUUUAAUGCGGUCAGCUCUGGAGCUUGGGCCUUUCACUGCAGUGGGAGAGCACAAAAGACUGGAGUCGGUGGAAUUUGAGAACAGAGAGCCUGCUGUGUACAGGUAUAAUCAGGAGUACAGAGGCGCAGAGUAUUCAGAUGUGCACAGGUACUACAGCAAUCUGUGCAUCCUGCCGGAGGAAGUAGAAAGCGCAGAGUGCUACAGCAUGCACUGCCAGACGGGCAGGAAGAGUGGCUGCACUGUUGAGGCUGUGUGGUAUGUGCGAGUGCUGGGCAGCGUGGAUGAGUACACGCACUGCGUGCCUGAUGGUGCUUUCAGGGAAAAAGAAAGCUUGCAGACAUUCAGGAAAUUUAUUGCUGUACUGGAGUCAAGAAACUACAACAAGGACAGCGAGCUGCAGGGCUUCUGGCUGGGCAAUGGUAAGGCAGCGGGCAGUAGGACAGACAGUCUUAUGCACAAAAUAAACAUAUGGCUGCCGCACAGAGAGAGCGAAGAGAGCAUGGCUGAGAAGAGCGUGGAGUAUCUUAUGCUAGAGAUUGAAAGGGCAGAAGGCAAGCUAAAGGAGACGGAGGAUAGAAGAAAGAGCCUGGGCGCACUGAGCAAGUACAGAGACACAGCGGAGACAAGACAGAGGAAAAAGACAGUGAACUCUCUGAAGAACAGGAAGAGAAAGAAGGUGGAGGUUUUGCACCAGGCGCUGUACGUAAAACAGGCCAGGAGACCUACGCACGCAGAGACAGAGCUUAUAGUGUAUCGAAGUGUGAACAGCAGCAAGAGCAAUCUGGGGGCACACAACGAGAUAUUGGAUGUGUUUAUCUCCCUGUACAAGCAGAGGGAGAAGUGGUAG